AUGAGUGGUCAUCUUGAGGUUCUGGAUAUGCAACACAACAAUCUUUCUGGAACUCUUCCAACAACUUUUAGGGCUGGAACACUUAGAAGCUUCAACUUGCAUGGCAAUAAACUUAAGGGGAAAAUUCCCCAAUCUUUGGUCAAUUGCAAAGAGAUGCAAGUUCUUGAUUUAGGAGAUAAUCACCUCAACGACACAUUCCCAAUGUGGUUGGGAACUCUUCCUAAGUUGAGAGUUUUAAGCUUGAGAUCGAAUAAGUUGCAUGGACCGAUUAGAACUUUAGGAAGUGAAAACAUGUUUAUUGAACUUCGAAUGUUGGAUAUCUCUUCCAAUGCCUUCACAGAAAACUUACCGACGAGUCUGUUUCAACAUUUAAAAGCCAUGAGGACAAUUGAUCAAGCGAUGAAUGCACCAAGUGAUGAAGGAGAUGAAUAUUAUUAUCAAGAUACUGUAGCUGUCGUAUCCAAGGGAUUUGAGCAUGAAAUUGUGAGAAUCCUGUUUUUGUACACCACUAUCGAUCUUUCAAACAACAAAUUUGAAGGAUAUAUUCCAAGUUUUAUGGGAGAUCUCAUUGCACUUUGUGUGCUGAAUUUAUCUCAUAAUGGACUGCAAGGUCAUAUACCGCCAUCACUUGGAAGAUUAUCUUCAGUUGAAUCAUUGGACCUUUCAGGUAACCAUUUUGUAGGAGAGAUACCAGCACAAUUUGCUUCUCUUACUUCUCUUGCAGUCUUAAAUCUCUCCUACAAUCAUCUCGAAGGGUGCAUUCCUCAAGGAAAUCAAUUUCAGACCUUUGAGAACAAUUCAUAUGUAGGUAAUGAUGGAUUAAGUGGAUUUCCACUAUCAAAAGGCUGUGGUAGUGAUGAUAAUGAUUCGGAGACAAAUGAUACCACAUAUGAAAUAGAUGAUGAAGAAAGCGACUCUGAAUUUCUGAAUGAUUUUUGGAAAGCUGCUCUUAUGGGGUAUGGAAGUGGACUGUGUAUUGGGUUAUCGAUAAUAUAUUUCAUGUUCUCAACUGGAAAUCCGAUAUGGCUUGCAAGAAUCAUUGUAGAACUGGAACACAAAAUAAUGAUGGGAAGGAGAAAGAAGCGCAGCAAAGGUAAAGGAGUAACAGAAGAAGCAAAUAAUCGCAUGUAG